AUGUUAAUUGAAGCUUGUGUGACAUUUCUAAAUUAUCUUUAUGAGUCCAUCAAAGUUGAAGAAUUUUUGUCUCAUAGAGUGGCCCUACUGCAUAUAACUGACAAGUACGACAUAUCUGACUUGAAUGAGACAUGUAAUGAGAGUCUUGUAGAAGAUAUUCAUGCAAAAUUUGUACUUGUGAGGCUCCAAGUUGCAUCUCAGUAUCCAUUGCCGAAGCUGAAGAUUAUCUAUAUUCAAUAUCUUAUUAAAUUGACAUUAGGGAUGAUUUCCAUGCCUUCUUGCACAGUGCAGAAUCUGAUUUCUAAAGUCUUCAAUGAAGUUCUUGAUGUCUAG